CCCUCUAAUCUUACCAGAUUUUCUCCAAGCUGAUGGAGCUGCUAAAGACAGCUGUGGGGGAAGCAGGGCAAAUGAAGGUGGAUGAGCAAUUAUCCCACCCCUAUUCUGAUGAGAGGGAGCAGGGCUGGGAUGGAGGAGACAGACACUAAAGUAGAGAGCUGCAGCAUCAUAGAAGCAGCAUAAAACAGCUCUUCCCACAUGGGUAGCUGUUUUUGUUUCCCCAGUUUAAGUGUUAGUAAAGCAGCAGCAUUUCCAAGCAAGCCUUACUGGGAAAGAGAAAGGCCCCAUCUUUUCCUCUCCCUGCUCUCUUUCAUCAGAGCGCACUAUUUUGGACAUAAGCUGGAAAUCUUUGUGCAUCCAGGAUUUUGCCCAGAAGGCAGAAUAAAAGAGGGGGAAAAAAAAAAAUCAAACCAGAAACAAAAGCAGUCUGUAAGGUGACAGAUCUUUUUAUUGCUUGCACCAGUAUCCAGAAUGUCUCUCCCUACUCUUAUAAAUCUCCUCAAAUGAUCAAUCAAUUUUGUUGUGAUUUUAGCAGUCUCACCUACCUUAAACCACUUACUUGUGCCAGAUAGGCUUCUUGUAUAGGCCCAUGCCAUCCAUCUCAUCUGAUGCCAAGAAAGUCUAGACUUUGAAAGGCCCUUAAGGGUUCCAAAAGGAAUUAGCAUUAUUAUAGCACUGGCUAUUUGAUACCAUUUUAUGUAGUCCUAGCUUAAUUCAACCGCAAAUUAACUCAAUCCCAUUGAAAGCGGCUUAUAGCAUUGUAAUGUAUUGGUGAAUUAAUCUAUAAUUGUCAUUUAUAAUGUAGCUGCACAGCAUUUUAAUUAAAAAAACAAACAAAAAAAAAAAAAACCCCAGCACAUCAGAAUUCCUAAUGCCAUUAAAUCAUUUUAGUCUGUUUAAAAAAAUAUGUAUUUUCCUCUUGCAUAAUGUUAUUGAAGUUACGAGAAAACAGCUGGAAUUUCUGAUACAUGAUAAAUUAAAAUUGCAGUUUAAAACCCACAGUUAAUGACUGGGAUUAUCUUGGUUUUGACUUAAAACACACUCAUCCAAUAUGUAUUGCAUGUCAAAAGAAAUUCACAUUCUGUCAAGUUACAAAGUAAACCAUUGAAAUUCCUGACAGACAAGCCAUGCCCUGUGGACCCAAAAGAAUUAUUUUCGUACACUAGUAACAAUGCUUAGUGUUCCAGAUCCUCUGCAUCUUUUUCUGGGUGUAUUUUUGCCCUUUUAACUUGCGGCCAUUACAAGCUCAGGUUAUUACUUGAAGUAUGCAGGUAUACCACUUCCUAAAAGGGAAAAAAAAACAACCAACCCGAAAGAGUAUCGAAUCCCCUCGCAAAUUUCUCUAAGGUGUUUCUCUUCUGGAUGGAGUGCGGACAGCCAUGUCCCGCGCUGCACGCACAAAGCCGCAGAGCAACCGCCGCAUGAGGGGCGGGAGCCCGCUGUGACUCCGGGGGAGAGACGGGGCACGGACGAGCUUCGCCACCAACCUUGCGAUUGAAAGAGCUCAUUUCGAUUGGCUGGUAGAAUCCUCACUAUUAACCAAUAAGAGCGUGGUAUUUGAAAAGGACCAAUUGCAAAGCUGUUCGUACGAGGGGUGACACCACCUGCGCUGCUAUCCAAUAGAAGCGCUUAUCCCUGAAGCCAGGGAUUUGCAUAAGAGACCUAUAAAUACGGGAGUACGUGCACUGCUUAGCACUCCGGUACUUCAGAGUGACGUGGGUGUUGUCGCAAUGCCUGAGCCGGCCAAGGCCGCUCCUGCGCCCAAGAAGGGGUCUAAGAAAGCUGUUACCAAGACGCAGAAGAAAGGUGACAAGAAGCGGAAGAAGAGCCGUAAGGAGAGCUACUCCAUAUACGUGUACAAGGUGCUGAAGCAGGUGCAUCCUGACACGGGUAUCUCGUCGAAGGCCAUGGGCAUCAUGAACUCCUUCGUCAAUGACAUUUUUGAGCGUAUCGCUGGUGAGGCCUCGCGUUUGGCGCACUACAACAAGCGCUCCACCAUAACGUCUCGGGAGAUCCAGACGGCUGUGCGGCUCCUGCUGCCGGGUGAGCUGGCCAAGCAUGCAGUCUCCGAGGGCACCAAGGCUGUUACCAAGUACACUAGCUCCAAGUAGAGUAUCACAGACAGAUAGUUUUUAACCCAAAGGCUCUUUUAAGAGCCACCAA